AUGCGCCGUCCCGCCCACAGCAGCAUGGAAUUGCUGCUGUCUCAACAGCUCCGUCUGUUGAGCACCGAGUUCUCUCAACUGCUCGGCCUGUUGAGAGCCUUGCUGGUGAAGCAAGGCUACUUUCUCCCUCUCGAGAGCAAGUUCAUUGUGGAUGAACUUGGCGAUAGCAGCAUGUUGGCGACGGCUUGGUUCGAAGGCUGCGAUAUUGAAAGCAUUGGCAAGGGGUUCAUCACCGCCAACGGUCGGUCUAGCGAAGACAGUGAUUCCUUUUACGUCUUCAACCACGCGCGCGUGUACAGCUCCGAUGCCAACGCUUUCAACACAACCUUCCUUGGUCGUCCGUGGCGGCAUUUUGCUCGCGUCGUGUGGCAAAACGGCGAGCUUGGCCGCGUUGUCAAUCCUGCUGGUUGGUCAAAGUGGGGAGACGACGACACGUCGAAGUUGUACUUCGGAGAGUUCAACAAUUUUGGCCCAGGCGCAGCUACGGGUCAUCGAGCAAACUUCAGCCAACAGUUGAACAAAGCGGUGGACAUCAAGGAACUCUUUGGUGACAGCUACAAGAGCGAGUGGUGGGUCGACCCAUCGUACCUAUAG